AUGUUCCAUUUCGAUCCAAACCGUAAACGAUUUACCUAUUCUAGAAAGCGUCGACACACUGGUCGUCUUGAAAAAAGACCUGGCAGAGUCAGACGAGGCAUGUUCAAGGGUUCGGUAGAUACUCGCUGGUUGAGGUGCUACCGUCUGAAAUGCCGCCUUCUGCGGUCUCCAAAGUGCCCUUGGUGUGCUUCCUUCUCGUAUGUGCCUUCAAGGCUCAAAAACGAGUAUCGUCCAAGGUCCAAGACGUCAGCUAUAGACAAUAAGUUGGGAAGCUUGAUGAAAGACCUUCAAGAAGCGCAAGAAGAUAGCUUCUACGACUCAUUGAGUGAUAUUCCAUCGAUGGAUGGAAGCACGACUUCCAAGACAGGAAGCGUGGCGACCGUUGCUUCACAUACACCUGCUUUCGUGACCAGAGCCAAGGAACAGUUCUUUAGAUUAACGGCUCGUCUUUGGGGGCCUGCAACAGAAGAAAAGAAAACGAAUGAAGCUGCUUUGGCGCCUAGAGCAAUGAGCCAACCAGUUGUCAGCUUCGCCAGCGAAAGAGUCGUUCCACGACUUAGACGGUCCAAAAGAAAGGCACACAGGAAGAGGGUUGUCUCCAACCCUCCAUUGAAGACGAAAAGGGUCGCUUAUCGGUAG